UCGUCCUUGCUGUUUGCUUCUCCUUCUCUUUAUCUCUGCAUACAUUAAACACAAUUCUUAAGAAUCAAAACUUUUUACGCGGAUUAACUAGUUUGUGUGCGAGACCAAUACUGCAAAUAAUACAAUACAAGGUGUUUCGGUUGUACAAAUUACGUUUCGGUGACUGUAUUAACUCACGCAGGAUUGAUUGAAGCGAUUUAACUUAAGCAAGGAAAAAAUGAGCGACUCGCUUCCUGAUCGUAUCUCAGAAAUCUUCAAUGGCAGUACCAUUUUCAUCACAGGUGCUACAGGACUAGUUGGAAAAGCACUGAUAGACAAGAUACUUAGAUACUGUGAUAUCAAAAAAAUAUACAUUCUAGUUCGAGAGAAGAAAGGAAAAUUGCCGAAUGAACGUGUCAAAGAAUUAUUUAGCAAUGUACUAUUCAAAAAGCUUCUAGAAUUAGACCCUAACGCACCUCAGAAAGUUACUGUAAUACCGGGGGACGUGACUGAAUUAGACUUGGGCAUAUCUGAAGAAAACAGAGCUAUACUGAUCAAAGAAGUAGAUUAUAUUAUUCACAGUGCAGCUACCGUUAGAUUUAAUGAUAGUUUAAAAUAUGCUGUGACGAUGAACACCAGAGGAACCAAAUUUGCUUUAGAACUAGCAGAACAAUGUGAACAUUUAAAAUUAUUUGUCCACGUAUCAACAGCUUACGCUUUUCCAAAUCAGGAUGAAAUAACUUUUGAAAAAGAAUACAAAGCUCCAGGUAAUCCACACGAAAUCAUGACUAGUUUUAAUUGGUUAAAAGAAGAAGCGUUCACCCCAGAGUUAACAAAAAGGCUGUUAGGAGAUAUUCCAAAUACUUAUACCUAUUCCAAAGCAUUGACCGAAGCUUUAGUAUACGAAAAAGUUGGAAAGAUACCUCUUAUUAUUUGUAGACCUGCAAUUGUAAUACCCGCUUUCAAGGAUCCUAUUCCUGGUUGGACUAACAAUCUUCAAGGACCUGCAGGACUGUUCGUCGGAGCUGGAAAAGGUGUUAUCAGAAGCGUGUACAUGGAUAAUAAAACUUACGCCAAUUUUGCACCAAUAGACUGUACGGUCAGUGCUAUCAUGAUGUUCUGUUGGCACUAUUUAAGUACAAAGAAUUCCCAAUACAUAUUUAAUGUUUGUAUGCCUCAAAGUGACUUACAAAUUACGUGGGAACAAAUUUUGGACACAGCGAGAGAAGUUGUAGAAACAAGAGUUCCUUUCAAUAUGAUGUUGUGGUAUCCAGGAGGAGGGCCUACUAAGAGUCGAUUUUAUCAUAGAUUCAGGAUAAUCCUAUUCCAAAUAAUUCCUGCAUUAUUAAUUGAUUUUUUGUUGCUCAUUGUCGGCCAGAAACCAGCAUUAUUCGCCAUUCAAAUGAGAAUCCUAAAAGGAAUCGAAACGUACGAAUACUACUUGACCAGACCAUGGAACUUUGAAACGACCAGCAUUGAAACAAUUAGAACUAAACUAAAUAAUAGAGAAUUAGAAAAUUAUCAGCUUCAAUCAGAAACUAAAGAUAUAAAAGAAUAUUUAACCAAUUGUGUGUUAUAUUGUCGAAGACAUUUACUAAAAGAAACUGAUGAUAUGUUACCGGCAGCUAGAAGAAAUAUGAAAAUCAUGUACGUGCUUGAUAAAGUAGCCAAAGGACUUUUCCUCUAUAUAGUAGGGUACUAUCUCUAUAAACUGUUUAUGAUUUUAUUUUCUGGCGUAGUCUAAUUAUAUGUAUAUUAUAAAUGAUCGAUUUAUUACGUUAUCACUUGAUGUAAAUAAGCAAUGUAGCAGGACGCAUCUCUCAGCAGAUCAGAAGAAUUUUACCAAAAUUCCAUAUUAGCAAGGACAGCUUUAGGAGGUGGCUAAGGGAGUCAUACCCCUCGGAGAAUAAAUAAAAUUCUCACAAUCUAUGAGCUAAGAAGGGAACGGCUAAUAGCAAAGGUCUCCUCCGAAAAUUCUGCCCAGAGCUGCCCUUGCUUGUAAUAGCGCCAUGUUUAAAUAAUAUAUGGACCCAUGCAAUGUAGUAUAUUUUAAUUUUAAUCAAAGGAAUAGUAAGUAAUAAUAAAAUAAUUAUUAUAUUAUGAAUGUUAAGUUAAAAAAAUAAUGUUUCGUUUUAAGUUAGGUUCAAAAUAAACUUGACGAUAUAUUGAUAGGGUUUUUUUUCUGAUUAGUUCACAAUACAAAUCAGUGGAAAUUCUGCAGCUAGUUAUUUACGUUAUGUGUCAUCUAAAUAUAUCAUCUAAGUUUUCUAGAUUUUUUCUGUAAAUAAGUCAAUUUCCGAU